CCUCGCUCUCUUUCCAUUUUUUCUUUCUUUCUUCUAAGUUUUUGCUGUUAAAAUCAAUGGAAUCUCAGUCAUAUCGGUAAAUCAGAUGGCUCAAAGCCUUUCAAUUUUCAUUGAUUUACUCUAAAAUUAUUUUUUCGACCCCCCAAGAUUAGGGUCGUUUUUCACAUUUGACACCGAAUAAAGCGAGCUAUUUCGGAAAGCUUUUAUUGAUUUUGUUGGGUGAAAAAGGAAUUCUUGUGACUCGUCAUCGUCUCAGAGUCAUGUUCUAUGGUGCGGUGGUGUGGGAUCCAUGGCUGAUCGUUGCCCAAAUUGUGUGCCUCCAAUGCUUAUACUACCUAACUCUAGGGCUUUUUCUGGCAAUUCUGGUCGGAACUAGAGUUUCGCGGAUGAGUUUGGUAUAUUUCUUUGAUUACGCCACUGUCACCGCUUCCACGGUCACCGGUUGGUGCGUCAUUGCUUCAUUUAUUCUUAGCUCGCUUGCUGGAGCUGGAUUCUUAGUUUAUCUGGUUGAGAGGGCAAAGAAGUGCCUGGAUUUCUCAGCCACCCUUUACAUUAUCCAUAUUUUUAUAUGUAUCAUAUAUGGAGGUUGGCCUUCCUCGAUAACUUGGUGGGUUGUUAAUGUCACUGGACUUGCAGUGAUGGCAUUGUUGGGUGAAUAUUUGUGCAUAAGACGUGAAUUGCGUGAAAUUCCCAUUACAAGAUACCGUUCAAAUGUCUGAUUGACAAGAAAAUUAACAGGAGAAUUUUUUCCAAGCCAAUAGUGUUGAUGGUAGCUCAUUCACUUUGCACGUGUUCUUGGAUACAGCACUGAUUGAGAAGACAUGUGAUAUGCUGGUUGGGAUAUAUAUUAAAGUCUCAUGAAAUUUUAUUCUGCAGACUGAAGUCUAGAACCAUGAAAGAGUGUUCAAAUGUUCGGCAAGCAAGAACCGUCACAGAACUUUGUAUGUACAAUUUAGGUUUACUUUACAAGAGAUGAUUGUACUUUAGGGGCAAAAUUGCUUGCAUAAGCUAUUAUUAGUACCCAGAUUGUCUCUCAUUUUUUGCAUUUUAUAUUUUGAUGUUAUCUGAAUGAUUGCAAGCCAAUUUUGGUGGGUUAUUCUCAAGUCUUGUAUUCCUGGUCAGUUGCUGUAGUUGCUCGAUGUCUUCGUGUUAUUAUAUGAUCUGCAAACUGCAUCAUGCUUUGCCAGUAGUUCCUUUUAACUAUGAAAUUACAUGUGAGAUAGUUCGGACUUA